UGUCGUUCCCCUGCGUUCCCCCGUGAAAGUACGGUUCUUUCACUCGCGACUGCCGCAAAGUGAGCAAACUUUUCCGUUCUUUGCGUACGGCGUCGUACGUUCCAUAAAAGUGUUAUUUCUUGCGUCUGCAGACCGUUUUCGUUCCAUCGCGUUACCACUCGCAACGGUGAAACGGAUCGUUGGGACAGCCGGUGAUUGAACCAGCGCCAACAACGUUAACUAGAUUCCUCAACCAGUCCCAAUAACUUCAUGCACCAACAUGAGUGACUACUCAGCGGUCGCUCCGCCUCAGAACUUCAGCCAAAGCACCGCAUUCGCGGCGGCACUCCAACGCGCCAAGCAGAUUGCUGCGAAGAUAAAUCCUGGUGGUGCUCAAAAUAAUCAGGAUUCCAAGUUAAAACGUCCUCUUGAAGAUAGUUCAGAGCCAGAAGCAAAGAAAAUGGCAUCAUUAGUAGCAGAUCCUUUAAUAGGUAUUCGUGGAGGACCUGCAGGUAAUUCCAUUGGAGAUUCAAGUGGUCAAGGAGCCAGACCGCCUUCUUCCAAUCCAUUAUGUAGUAUGUGCAAUGAAGAUAUCAGAGUUCCAGACAAAAUGGUUGGUUUAAUAAUUGGCAGAGGUGGAGAACAGAUAACAAGAUUGCAAACUGAAACAGGAUGUAAGAUUCAAAUGGCACCAGAAAGCGGUGGGCUACCUGAGCGUGUUUGCACGCUAACUGGUUCACGAGAAGCUGUCAAUCGAGCAAAGGAGCUUGUGUUAUCAAUAGUAAAUCAAAGAAGCAGAAGUGAGGGAAUUGGUGAUAUGAAUAUGAGUGGUAGCGGUGGCGGAAUGAUGGGACAUCCAGGAUUUGUUGAGAUAAUGAUUCCAGGUCCUAAAGUUGGUUUGAUAAUCGGCAAAGGAGGAGAAACCAUAAAACAGCUUCAAGAAAAAUCUGGAGCUAAAAUGGUUGUUAUUCAGGAAGGACCAUCUCAAGAACAAGAAAAACCUUUAAGAAUAACAGGAGAUCCUCAAAAAGUUGAAUAUGCAAAGCAAUUAGUUUAUGAAUUAAUAGCUGAAAAAGAAAUACAAAUGUUUCAUAGAGGAGGAAGAGGUGCUACUGAAAGAACGGGAAAUUAUUCUAAUGAUAGUGGUUUUAAUCAUGGUCCUGCAAAUAGUGAUGGAGUAGAGGUACUCGUUCCAAGAGCCGCAGUUGGUGUCGUUAUUGGUAAAGGUGGAGAUAUGAUAAAAAAGAUACAAGCGGAAAGCGGAGCUAAAGUUCAGUUCCAACAAGGAAGAGAAGAGGGCCCUGGCGAUAGAAAAUGUUUAUUGUCAGGGAAGCAUCAAGCUGUUGAACAGGCUCGUCAACGAAUUCAGGAAUUGAUUGAUAGUGUCAUGAGGAGAGAUGAUGGUAGAAAUAAUAUGGGAGGCAGAGGCGGUGGCCCGAGAGGUAAUGGUUUUGGCGGCAAUCGUAAUCCAAAUGAAUACGGAACCUGGGAUAGACGACAAGGUGGCCCUAUGCAAGAUAAAAUUGAAACAACGUUUACCGUUCCUUCUUCCAAAUGUGGCAUUAUAAUUGGCAAAGGUGGUGAGACUAUCAAACAGAUAAAUCAACAGACAGGAGCACAUUGUGAGUUAGACAGAAGGAAUCAAAGUAAUGAGAAUGAAAAGAUUUUCAUUAUUCGAGGAAACCCUGAACAAGUCGAGCAUGCAAAGAGAAUAUUUAGCGAAAAGCUGGGCAUGGGUCCAGCUGGUUCUUCAUAUACUGCAGCACAAGGAGCAGUAGGGUAUAAUCCAAAUUGGAAUACAGGAUAUCAAGCAUGGCCAAACCAACCACAAUCCACUGAUGGAAACAAUCCUAAUCAAGCUCCUGUACAAGUCAAUCCACAGACUGGUCAGCCUGACUAUAGCGCUCAAUGGGCAGAGUAUUAUCGGUCAUUAGGCAUGCAUAGAGAAGCAGAUAUGAUCGAACAACAAGCAAAACAAGGAAAGCAAGAUCACAAUCAGCAAGGAGGCAAUUCACAAAACCAAUCUAAUCCAACAACAACGGGUACCGCUGGGCCAAAUCAACAGCCGCAACAACAGGCGCAGCAACAACAGCAGGCAGGUGCCGCACAAAAUGGCGGUCAAGCCGAUUAUAGUGUACAAUGGGCAGAAUAUUACAGAAGCAUCGGUAAAAUAAAAGAAGCAGAAGCGAUAGAAGCUCAAAUGAAGGCAGGCAAGCUCGGAAUGCAAGGAAACCAAAUGGCCCAGCAACAAAUGCAGACUCUUCAGGGACAAUCGGCUGGUCCACCAGGUACCACGCCUAAUGCAUUCCCUCAAGCUUAUGGAAGUUAUCCAACGAUGAACGCUGGUUCUGCGCCAACUGGUUAUUACGCAGCGAAUACUGGAUCCAAUUCUCAACCACAGACGGGACAGCAAAACCCAUCUUUUCCAACAGGAUAUCAGAAUUAUCCAUAUACACAGUCCACUUCUGAGAAUUAAACUUCCAUUUGAAAAAAAAGCAAGCUAUAGUUUUCAGAUAGCUUUCCAUCCGGAUGCGGUUAAUACCUGCUAUAUCUCCAUAUAUACUUUUAUCAUAACUAGUUGACUGCUUCAUAAUCUUCAUAUAUCUUUGAGAAUGUCAUGAGAAUCGAUUAUAUUCUGUUUAUACUAUAAAACGUCUUGUGUUUUUUAUAUAUAUAUACGU